AUGGACAACCGGCCCACCUCCGAGUACGCACAGUCAGGUUCGCACCACCCACCAGCACCGCCUGUCGACACACCUUCUGAACAACCUCCCGCAGACCAAAAUUCGGCUGCUGCCACUGCUCACUACACUCACACUCCUCAACCGGAAGUCCGCUCGACUCCCCAGUACACGCCGCAACCCGAGGCUCGACCCGCCAAUAUUUCAUCCUCCAACACCCCCCAGCCAGAUUACGGUCUCAAUCCGCCUCCAACUCGCUCGCCCGCUUACCAAGACUACCUUCCGCGCCCCGCUCAGUCUUACGCUCCGAACUCUCAACCUGCUGGUGCGCCCGGUAUGGCCCAAGCAACAAGUCCGUUCUCGUCCAUGCCCAUACCUGCGACCUCGCGCAUUUUCCCGAACUUGAAGUCUGACGACGCCCUUCCUCUAGAUCCCUCGCUCCCGGCCAACAGCCCGACCUAUCCUCCCCCCUACUCCCCUUACCAGCCCCAGGGAGGCCACGAGAUGGCUCAGUAUCAGGGCCACCCGCCCCCUCCACACCAGAUGUACGCCCGUGACUGGCCACCGCAUUACGGCCAGGGGCAUCAUAUGCCGGGUCCCUAUGCUUCUCCCGCUACAACGGUUGGUUCUGCCUCUCCCACCACGGCCGCAGGGCCGCGCCCUGGUCAGGUCUACUCAUUCGUACCAAUUCCUGGCGCACAGCAACACAAGCGCCCCCGUCGUCGAUACGAGGAGAUUGAGCGUAUGUACAAGUGUGGGUGGAACGGUUGUGAGAAGGCAUAUGGUACUCUGAACCACUUGAACGCUCAUGUUACAAUGCAAUCGCACGGUGCGAAGCGCACUCCUGAAGAAUUCAAGGAGAUUCGCAAGGAAUGGAAGGCUCGCAAGAAGGAAGAAGAAGCUUCGCGCAAGGCUGCCGAGGACCGUGAGCGUGUCGCCGCUCAGGCGCAAGCUAGCCAAGUCGAUGGCCCUGGUCCCGACCCCUCACAGGGACAACCUCCGGCUUACGGUGGUGGUGUCCGCCCUCAGCUUCCCCCCAUCGGAUACCAACCUGCAGACAGCCAAGUCCCUAGCCAGUAUGGUGCUCCCAGUGGUGGAAUGGUUUACCAGAGCAACGGACAAAUGGGUUACCCCCCCCAACCCCAACUACCCUCACUCUCCAUACCAGACCGGACCCGUCUACCAGCA